AUGCUAAGAAGAACGAUACUUAAGCAGCGACAACCAUCAAAAUCAUGUCUUGUUAUACCCAAAUAUACAUAUUCAUCAUUUAAAACAGCUGUUGAAACAGCUGAAAAAUUAAUUUCACCACAAUCUACUACUACCACAACAAAAUUUCAAGAUCCAUUCUCAAUUGUAAGUCAUGAAAUGUCAAAUUUAGCAAAAUCAAUUGCAAAUCUAAUAGGUUCAGGACAUCCAACAUUAAAUAGAGUAAGUUCAUAUUAUUUUGAAGCAGAAGGUAAAAAUGUUCGACCUUUAAUUGUAUUAAUAUUAAGUAAAGCAUUACUGAAAAUCCCUAAAUCUGAAAGAAAUAGAAUUAUAAUAGAUGAAUUUGAUGUAACUGAACAAGAACAUAUAAAAGGAACUCCAAAAUAUGGACAAGAAAGUAUAGCAGGAAAUAGUGUUGAUGAUAGUUUAAGUCCAUUAAAUAUUUUACAUGGUAUAAAUCCUAGAAUAAUUUUAGAUCCUUUAAGUAAACCAAUGGAUAAAUUACCAGAAAUGGAUAAAUUAAAUGGUAUAUUACCAAAACAAAGAAGAUUAGCAGAAAUUGUUGAAAUGAUUCAUACUGCAAGUUUAUUACAUGAUGAUGUUAUUGAUUUAAGUGAUUCAAGAAGAGGUAGACCUAGUGGGAAUAUAGCUUUUACAAAUAAAAUGGCAGUUUUAGCUGGUGAUUUUUUAUUGGGUAGAGCAUCAGUUGCAAUUGCAAGAUUAAGAAAUCCUGAAGUUAUUGAAUUAUUAAGUACAACUAUUGCAAAUUUAGUCGAAGGAGAAUUUAUGCAAUUAAAAAAUACAGUAUUAAGUGAAAAAGAUAAUACUAUUGAAAAUGAUGGACAAAUUAAAAAUAUACCUGAAGCUACGGGGAAAGUACCAACUGAAAAACAUGAAUAUAGAGUUAACGAACAAGAUAUAGUUGAUCAUGAAACAAAUGUUCAAGCAGCAUUUGAAUAUUAUUUACAUAAAACAUAUUUAAAAACAGCAUCACUUAUGUCAAAAUCAUGUAGAGCAGCAGCAGUAUUAAGUGGAGCACAAGAUCCAAUAAUAGAAAAUUGUUAUCAAUUUGGUAGAAAUUUAGGUUUAUGUUUUCAAAUAGUUGAUGAUAUGUUAGAUUACACAUCAUCAGAUUCAGCAUUUGGUAAACCAAGUCAAGCAGAUUUAAAAUUAGGUUUAGCUACUGCUCCUAUCUUGUUCGCAUGGAAACAAGAACCUAAAUUAGGUGAUUUAAUAGCAAGAAAAUUUAAAGAAACAGGAGAUGUUGAAAUUGCAAGAAGAGCAGUUGAAAAAUAUAAUGGAUUAGAAAAAACAAGAGAAAUGGCAACAAAUUAUUGUAUGGCUGCAUUAAAAAAUUUAAGAUCAUUACCUGAAUCUGAUGCAAGAAGUGCUUUAGAAUUAUUAACAAAUUCUGUAUUAACUAGAUCUAAAUAA